UUAAUCCCUCCCUGCCUGCCUGUCAGUCAAACGCGUGCCCCGCCCCUUCACUGCCUGCCCGCACGUCGAGCAAAAAAAAAAAAAAACAGCAACGGCGGCCGUUGGGGAAAGAGAGUAAAUAGAGAGAGAGGCUUCAAGAUGGCUGACUCGCUGGGCUCCGUUUACCUCACCGGAGAUGCUGCUGCUGCUACUGCGGCAGCCCCGGCGGUCGCCUCCGUCAAAAGCCCGCUCGUCAAGCCGAGCGAGGCGAAGGGAGCCCCCGAACACCGCUCUCAGUCUUCCCGGGAAUUCAACCCGCCGCCGCCCAAGAAGGUCCGAGUCGAAGAGAGGAGCGUUAAACCUAAGAAACUCAGCAGGGACGGAGGAGUGGGAGGCAACGGUAGCGGCAAAGAGAAACUCCAGCCGCUCACGAAGCAGCAGAGUUCUGGCAGCGGUAGUGCGGGUUUGUGGAGCUUCACCCCGGUUAAGACGAGCGGCAACAACCCUCCGGUGCCUGCUACCGGUGGAUCCCAGCCACCGACAAACACACACAAAGUCUUCAAACAGAGCGAUUUCUUCCUCCACAAAGCGCCUUCAUCCUCCAAACCCAAGAAACCGAAUAAAGAUAAACAGCGGGAGAAAGAGAGUGAGAAGGGGAAAGGAGGCGGAGAAGAGAAAAAGAAACGUAAACUGUUGGUGACCUCCGGACCCGGGAGUAAUGUUAAUAACAACAACAACGACAUCAGCAGAUUUAAUAACACUUCUGCAGUGAAGAGGGAAAAUGGGGAGGUCAUGUUGCCACCCAAAGAGCACUCUACCAAGGACAAGGCGAAAGAGAGAGACCAGGAGGAGAGGGAGAAGAAGAAGGUGAAAGACAGAGAGAAAGAGAAGGAGAAGAAGAAGCACAAAGUGAUAAACGAGAUCAAGAGGGAGAACGGUGAAGUCAAGCAGCCCAUUAAAGAUGAAAAAGAGAAGGCCAAGAUCAACUCAGAGGAGCUGCAAAUCAAAAAAGUGAAGAAGAAAAAGAAGAAGAAACACAAAGAGGGGGAGAAACACAAACGAGUGAAGAUGUACCACCGCUCCUGCCAAACCAUUUGUGCUGGCCUUCUUCUCCUCCCUCCUUCCUCUCCACCCCCCACCUCCUCUUCUCCAUCCUCCAAUCCCACACACAACUCCUCCCUGUCUCCAUUCAAGUCCCCUCUACCCGUUUAUCCUCCACCUAACAACAAAACUGCACAUGUCUUGCCUUCGUCCCCUCCCCUUGCCUCCAAAUCUGUCUUUAACUCCUCUCUCCUCAACUCUCCGACGUCCUCCAUCAAGGCCUCUCAACCUUCCCCGGCCAAACACCAGCCGCAGUGCACCUAUCCUGGCAUGGCGGGCCUGGAGUUUGCCCCGUACAUCCACAUAGAGAACCAGCCUAACGGAGGGGCCUUGGUGGCUCACGCCUACACGUCCCAGCUGUCCUCUCUCUCCAUGGGCCAGAGGCAGAGAUUCGCCCAGGAGUUCGUCACCUUGUCUUUCAGCGAGGACUCAUCCCAGGCAGCUCAUUACGUCAUGGGAAUUGUCCACGGAGAAGCGAGCUACCUGCCUGACUUCUUGGACUACUUCUCAAAUAAGUUCCCAUCAGCUCCAGUCAAAAUGGAAAUACUGGGAAAGAAGGACAUAGAAACCACCACUAUGUCAAAUUUCUACUCUCAGGUGAAGAAAACAUACAGUAACGGCACAUACAGAGCUGGGGCCAUGAGACAGAUCAGCCUGGUGGGAGCCGUGGACGAGGAGGUCGGGGAUUAUUUCCCAGAAUUCCUCAGCAUGUUGGAGGAUUCACCCUUCCUGAAGCGGACUCUUCCAUGGGGAACGUUCUCCAGUCUGAGGCUGAUGAAUCCCACAGAGAGUGACGACGGUCCUAUAAUGUGGGUCAGACCGGGAGAGCAGAUGAUACCUGUAGCUGAUAUACCAAAGUCCCCUUUUAAGAGAAAACGCUCCACCAACGAAGUGAAGAACCUGCUACAGUCGCUGCCUAGGACCAGCGAGCCCAGAGAGAUGCUGUUUGAGGACCGGACUCGGGCCCACGCUGAUCACAUCGGUCAGGGCUUCGAACGUCAGACCACAGCGGCCGUGGGGGUGCUGAAGGCUGUAGGGUCCGGACAAAGCUCGGAGCCUCCUCGUGUAACCAAAGACGUUGUGUGUUUCCAUGCUGGGGAUUUCUCUCAUGUAGUUCAGAGGCUGCAGUUGGACCUACACGAACCUCCGCUGUCUCAGUGCGUGAAGUGGGUGGAUGAUGCCAAACUAAACCAGCUGCGUCGUGAGGGCAUCCGCUACGCUCGCAUCCGCCUGUGCCACGACGACAUCUAUUUCAUCCCGCGCAAUGUGGUCCACCAGUUCAAGACGGUGUCAUCUGUCUGCAGCCUGGCAUGGCACAUCCGCUUAAAACAAUACCACCAUGGAGAGGAGGAGGAGGAGGAGGAGGAGGAGGGGGUGAAGGAAGAGGAGGAGCAGGUUGAGUUGAAGGAGAGGGAAACAGUGGAGGAGGAAGAAGAGGGAAGGAGAGAAAAGAAGGGUAAAGUGAAGGAGAGGAUGAAGAAGGAGGAGGAGGAGGAGGUGGAUGUGGCAGAAAACAGGACGUUGCCUGCUGUCAAAAAGGAGGAACAGCAUCCACCUGUUUCGUCUCAGCCUGCUCCCUCACUGGACUCGAACGUGAGCAAUGCUAGAGACAAAGAGGAAGAGAGGGAGAGAGUAAAAGAAAGAGGGAAAACCAAACAGCAGGUUUCACCUCCCGCAAAGGUGAAAGCAGAACUCCCAGCGCCUCCUCGCUGCAAGAAUGAAUCACCUUCACCUCUCCCUCCUGCCUCUCAUCUUCUUCACCAGGACACAAAACCCAAAACAGCAUCAUCAAAGCACCUUCAUCACCACGGCCAUCACCAUCAUUGGGACAGCAGGACGAAAUCUUCCAGUGCAAGUUUCUCCUCUUCAGCUCCUAAAUCACCCAUCCUCAAAUCUUCCUCUUCUUCGUCACCUUCAGCUGUUACUCCUUUGCGCUCUUCUUUUGCUGCUCUCAAUCCAUCCUCUACUUCUUCUCCAUCUCCUGUUCUGUCCACAUCUUCCUCCGCGUCCACCUCCGCUAAAUCUUCCCUGACCAGUACCAAGCCCGCGGCAGACUUCUCACUCCCCCCGUCCGCCCUGACUUCGGCGUCCCAGCUGCCUUCCUCCUCGCAGUCAGACCCACCAAAGGACAAAGACUCACUCCGGCCAAAGCCAGACGCGCAGGCGCGGUCGGAGUUUCGGGCGCCACAUGGGUCGCCCGCCGUGGACACGCACACAGACACACGGACGCACGCAGUAGCUCGGACGCCGACAGACUCGCGGACACAAACGCUCCAAGAGAGAUGGACUCGCAGCACGGACCCCAGGACGCCUACGGAUCCGCAGAUGCAUCCGCCACAGGACACGGGGAGGCAAGGAGUUUACAUGCAGCAAUACCCAGCCCAGCACCUCCCACCUCCUCACCUCCCUCACAUGCUCCCCCCCUCUUUCCCCUCUCUCCUGCCGCACUCCCAUCUUUCUCACAGACCUCCAAUCCUCCCUCCAAAUCAACUCUCCACCCCCUCUUUCCUCAGUCAGAAAGCGCCACCCCAUUCGGUUCACAUGAGCCAGCUUCACCUGCAUCCCCCACAUCAGCCAAACAUCACCACGCAGUCGCAGCCGUACUUCCAGCCUCCCCUAAUCACCUGCCCGUCUCAACCCAACACUCCACUCACAAGCCCUCACUCUCUCCCACCUCACCUUUCCCACCACCACCAGUUCUCCCCGCACACCAAAACCUUCUUCCCCCCUCAGCAUCCCCACUUCCCCUCUCACCACUUCCUCCCCCCUCAGUCUUUCCUCCCUCAGUCGACCAGCUCCUACCUACAACCGCAAUACCAAACCUCAGCACCAGCGCAGGUUCAGCUCCCGCAGCCUUUCCCGCACCCGCCUCCUCCUCCUUCCUCCUCGCCGCCUCCACUUCCUCCUUCUCUUCCACCUCUUCCGCCCCCUCAGCCCCCUCAGCCUUCCCCUUCUGUCCUCUCCCCUCCGCCGAAGCAUGAAGAGGAACAGAAACAGAUUUUAUAGUAGUUUUUGUACAUAACAGGGUUUUUAAAUGUAAAUGUACAAGGAUUUAUUUUGGUUGCGUUGUUGUAAAAUGAUGUAAAAAGGAAAUAACGAGGACAACAGUGGAGUGUAUCGGUUUGUGCACCGUAUCGUAGUUUAUAACGCAGAGUUGGACUUUAUUUACCCCAGACAUCAUGACUGGACAGGUUUAGAUUGUACUGAUGCUUUAGAUGUGCUCGGGUUAAAAAUAUUGAGAAUUGAUUGCAUUUAUUGGUAGUUUUAUUUUUCUUCUUCCAAUUUCGACUUUAAAGAAGAUAAUAUUCAGGCUUAAGGUGUAAAUGAGCUACCUAGUCUGAGAAAACUGCUGUCUGGGUCUGUUUUUUUUUUUGUUUGUUUUUAAGUGAGCAUAACCCUCAAAUAUCAGAAUCUCUGUGAGCCAUCAGAGGUAGGAAGGAGGGAAAAAAAGCAGACUUUGUGUCAGAUAUUUAUAUAAAAAAGGUCUUUUAUGAUGAUCUUUUUGUGAAACUUGCAGCUAAUGCUUCCAUUUUUGUGGCUUUUUUUCCCUAGUGUAUUCUUUGUGCCCAAGACUGUUUCUGGAGUAAUGAUGGGUCAAAUCAUGAUAUUAUACAAUACACUAUUGUGUUGACGUAAUAUUGCUACUUUUUCCUCUACUGUAUUGUAUGCAUCUUAAUCAAUACAGUAUAUUGCAGUACUUUAAUAUUGUAUUUUGAGCAAUAAUGCUCUGCAAUAAUAUGUUGAAUAGAAGUAUAAAUGCAUUCCCCAUUAUUGAUACGGUGACAGCAAGAGUCAGUAUUUUUUAAUUGAUAGAAAGCCAGUAAUGUCCUGUUGAAUCAUGUUCACUAAGAAGUCGACAGUCAUGAGGAGUGCUUAAAUGUAUUGAACAGGUAUCUACAUGAUAUUUCUAAUCAGUUUCAGUAUUGUCCAAGAAGAAUAUUAGUGCAGUUGUUAGUGCUACUAAACAAAAGGAAACUCCCGUGUCGGUUAUAAAUCACCAUACUAAGUUACAGCAUACAGUAGCACUGCACUGAAUCACACCAAACAAAGAGUCACAAUUUAAAGGAAUAGUUUGACAUUUUGGGAAACGCUUUUAUUUGUGGUCUCGACAAGACUUGGAUGAGAAGAUUGAUACCACUCUUAUGGCUGUAUGGUUAAUAUAAAGCUGGAGCUGCUAGCUGCUUAGCUUUGCAUAGCUUAGAUUAGCAUGAAGACAGGAAACACAGGAGUCUCGUCAUCUGCGCUCGUAGCCAGCGGAGACUACCAUCAACUUACUGGUCCGGUUUCCUUCUGUUUCCAGUCUGUGUGCUGAGCUAAGCUAAUUAGCUUCAUAGUUUUGGUACACAUAUAACAGACAUAAACUGAAUAAGCAUAUUUUCCAAAAUGUCGAACUAUUCCUUUAAAGUGUUAGAACUAUCUUGGACCCGUAGCCCUCAACACCAGUGGUAGAGCUUUUAGUGUAAUUUUGCUGACUCUGCUUGAUGUGUACCAGGGUCUCCUAAUUUUGCCGGUCAGCCAAGGAACAAUUUGACCCAGCCAAGGCUGUUAUACAGAGUCAGAGUCUCAGGAAAGAAACAAAAACCAUUCAGGACACAUCUACAAAUAUAUUGGUCUCCUAAAAAAUCUAAAUCAUAGUUAAGGAUAUUGGGCUUUUAGGGUUAACAGUUCAGGGUCAUUCACAUAUGAUUAAAUGUGCAGCAUUAUAUUAGUACCUAUGCAGCUACAUUAAGAGCUCUCCAUGAGUUAACUUUAGAUCUAACAGCAUCUGGAUGAGAACCACAGAAUACGCAGAGCAAUAUCAUACAGGUGCAGUAGCUCAAGACUUCCCGAACGUGAUUCAUUACAGCACUUUGAAACACAGAUACAUCAACCGCUGUUUAAAUCCUUUCCUUUGGGCCGUGAAUCCCAGAUUAUGUCAGAUUAUCAACAGGGCAAUUUCAAGUUCUUCCGAGACUAUUGCGUGAAUCAUUCAGGCUCCUCUAUGAAACAUUUUUCUUAUUCUUUAUGGACACGUGCUCUAAGGCAGACAGAACAUACACUGUUGAGAGCUCAUUCCCAAAGCACUAUUUAUCUAUUUACCUGAAGUCCAGUGUGGAGCAUCCUGUCUGUUAAAAUGUUUUAUUUAUCGACCAGGGACUGAAGUGACCUUGUGUGUUUUAAAAGUACAAUAAAUUAUUAAUUUUUUUGUUUUAGCAACAACUAUGAAGAGUACAUGUUUUCUCCAAAUGGUGAAUAAGAUUUAAGAGUCAGUCUCUUCUGUUAUAGUGCUCGUCCCACAGUUGUGGAACUUGUGAUGUUGAGGAUAAACUUGAUUUCUUUUUGUCAUUGAUUUUACUGUCAAUAUUGGAGUACAGCUCACUAAUGCUAAUGUAGCCCACAACGUUUCCCCAGUGCCUGUCCUUAACUGUGAACCACUAAAUGGUCCAGAGCCACGUAGAGAAGCAGUUCUGUCCUUUUAUUUAAAGGGGGUUUUUCAGGAGUCCCCGUUUAAGUGUUCACUGGAAAAUGAGAGCAAAGCCUUAAAUUGGUCUCUAAAGCAGCUGAAAACUCCCCAAAUACCUGAGGCGUGAGUUGGGAUGAGUCAAGUUUUGUGGCUCAGGGUUAGUCUCACCACCGCCCUGGAAAAUGUUGGAAAAUAAAAAGUGAACCUUCAGCUCUCUUCAGGACUUCAUUUCAGAGACAGAACCCUUCACUUUGUGGCUUUGGCGGAGAGCGAGGUGAUAAUUAAGCACUUGAUGCCAGUUACAAGCAGCUCUUUUUAUGCUUUUGGUUUUCAGAUGUUACAAAAACAACAAAAACCUGACAGGAACUUAACAUAUUUUUUGUAUAAAUGUGACAAAAUUAUAGUUGAAAACAAAACAAGACUAGCAUUGUUUUCACAGAGUUUAUUUAUCUCAAGGUUUUGGUUUGUUUUUUCUAUUUUGUUUCUGUGAUUUUUAACUGUCAGCACUGUAGUGUACAUAAGAAGUUUUGUAAAGAGGAAAAAAAAUUGUAGUGUGGUUUCUACUUUAAAUAUGAGCCUAGCUAAUAAAAGGUUCAGUGUAUGGAAAAUG